AUGCUACCAGGACGUAUUCCACCUGUCAUCAACUCGCCAGACAAGAUCCAACUCAACCGCCUCAGCCACGUCUAUCUUGCACAUCCUGACCUCGAAAAAUUCGACCAAUUCGCGAAAGAUUUUGGAUUUGAGGAAGCAGGGCGAGACAAAGAUAUCAUAUACUACCGUGGCUGGGGAAAAGACUCUUGUGCGUAUGUAGCCAUCAAGAGUAAAGAUGGACAGAAGCGCUUUGAAGGUGCUGCUUUUAUUGCUCAGACAGAAGAGGAUUUUAUAAAAUCAUCAAAGUUGAAGGGGGCGUCAGAAGUGAGGCCAAAUCUCGGCCCAGGUGGUGGCAAAAUCGUGACUAUCGAGUCUCCAUCGUCCUCUAAGAUUCAUGUUCUCUGGGGUAAUGGAGAACGUCCAGCGCCAACAAAGGUUGCCACUAGCACGGAAAUUCACAAAGGAGCGUAUAAUACUACUCUGCAGAAGUCCAGAAAAGGCGAAUUCCAGAGAUUCAAACUCGGCCCGGCUAUGGUUCAUAAGCUCGGCCAUUACGGCUUCAUCACGUCCAUGUUCGACGAGGAUAUUGCCUUCUAUACUCUCAAUUUCAACUUUGUCCCCUCGGACAUUCUAUACGAAGAGGUCAAUGGCGAAGAAAUUGAUACUCUAACCUUCAUGCACCUGGAUCACGCCAAAGAGUACAGCGAUCACCAUACGUUGUUCUUGUUUCGCGCGCCAGCAAAUUUCCCUGAUAAGCAUCGCCUCCACCAUUGCUCAUUCGAGGUGGAAGACUUUGAUACACAACUUCUAGGCCACGACUUCCUACUCAGCAAAGGCUAUACUCCGGUCUGGGGCGUUGGAAGACAUAUCCUGGGCUCGCAGAUUUUCGAUUAUUGGAGAGAUCCAACAGGGUUCACGAUUGAGCAUUAUGCAGAUGGGGAUGUAGUUAAUAUUGACAAUGUUACUGGGAGAACAAAGAGUGAAGGUGCCGCGUCUAUGUAUAUUUGGGGACCUGUUAGACCAGAGAAAGGAGUAGCAGAAUAG